GCCACAUGCUCUGCGGCGUAUCCCGUCUGUCCCCGCGCUCCGUCAUCGCCACGGCCAUCUUCUUCACGACCGCCGUGCUCACGGCCAACUUCCUCCCCGGCCGCCAAGAUCUCCCGGCAUGCGCGGACGGUCGCCCGUGUUAUCUGCCCGUCUACCCCACCGCCGCGGAGGGCGGAUUCAUGGCGGCCACGACCCUGCUAGCCUUCGCAACGAAUUGGUAUGCCGUGCCCCGCGUCCUCAGCCGAUCCGAGAACUCGCGCACGGGUUUUGCGUACCUCGCCGGGUUGCAGUUCGGCACGGGGUUGUUGUUCACGGGCAUGGCGGAUCCGGAGAAGGUUCUGCGGUUCCUGGUGGGCCUCACGGACCCGGCGCGCUUUGACCCCUCGUUGGCGCUGGUCAUUGUCUUUGGGAUCGUGCCGUCCAUGGUGACUUAUCUGUCACGCAGGCCGGGACAAAAUGGCCAGAAGAUGGGAGGGCCGUCCAAGCCGACGCUGGCGGAGACUUGGAGGCUGCCGACUGCCACGGUAGCGGAUAUCGACUGGCGCUUUGUGGCGGGAGCGGUGAUCUUCGGCGUCGCCUGGGGGUUGUGUGGUGUCUGUCCGGGCCCGGCUAUUCUGCGGUCCGUGGUGCAGCCGACUUGGGGACUGGCGGAGAUGGCGGGCUAUAUGCUCGGAAACUUAGUGUAGGAUAUCUUGUGGAGGAGACCAAGCCGUGUGUAUA